AUUUUCUUUUUUUUUUUACUUUUAAAAUCGAUUUUGACGAAAACACCACCCGAAGAAUCAAAUUGUUCUAAUUUUAUUGGAUAGUAAAUGUUAUUUUGCAGUAGGCCAUUCCGUAAUCCAUCGGUCUUUGACUGGGAAAGACGACGACUGAGGGAAAGUGUUUUCUGUGAUUGACGAAUUUUACGUGUGACGAUCGGAUGGAGAAGCCAGUGCCAAGUUGCCAGUAAUAUUGUUGCAAGCUUCCACGUUGCGACGAUGGACGCGCUCAUCCAGGAUCUGACGACAUCCUUGGAAAUUCAGCGCGUGAACGCUCGUUACUGGCGUGACUACUGCGAUGUCGUGGAGCGUUUCGCGACCAGUUGGCGAGAUUUUCCUGGAGCAGCAGCGCCCGCCCGCGGCUGUUGGAAAGCGCUGUACCACAUCGCCAACUGCUGCUACCAACGCCCGUGCGGUUGCCAAUGCGGCAGCACUUCUCUCAGUAUUGGCCUCGAAGCCGUGGUCCCUUCCGAAGGCACAUGCCACCAGUGUGAUUACUGUGAUUGCCACAACAGCCAGGGUACCGGCGCCCUAGGGCGGUUGGUCAAAGCGGCACAAAUGGCGAUGCUAUCGGCUAUUCUCCGCUGGAUCCGUUCACAGCUGGAACAACGCAAUGCUGGCGACAAAUCCUCUGUUUCAGCUGGUGUUACGCAGUGGAGGAUCUUCCGCCUCUUUUUGGCCAUCGCGGAGAUGCACCGGGACGUCGACGCCCCGCCCUCGACGUCCGCAGCGGCCCAGCACCGGUUGCGCUGGCUGCGAGCCGUCCUGGACGCGCUGCGACCGUGGCGCCGCCGCACUGUACCGGCGACCGGAAGUGGCCGAUUCCGGACGGUGCUGGAUGCCGGGUGUGUGGCGCUUGUGGCACUGGAUGAGCUGCUGCAGCGUGUUGACGAAGGACCCGCGCGAGCGAUGAAAAACGGCAAUAAUAAUAGUAAUAAUAAUAAUAAUAAUAAUAACCUUCGAGCGAUGAACAAGAGCAGCGACAACGUCGAGUGUCCCGUCUGCGGCAAAGUCCUGGGCGCCUCCGCCACGGGGGUAGCGGCCACGCCCUGCGGACACGUCUUCUGCUGGAGCUGCGUGUGUCGUUAUGUGGCAGCCAAGGGUUGCUGUGCAGUGUGCCGGACGCCGUGCUCGCCAUCCCGACUGUUUAUGCUGCAGAAUGCAACGUUUUCGGAUGACAGUAAUAUUGCAUAGUGUUUUGUCUUUCACUGCCACUCGGGACAGUGUACGAACAGGAGCAAAACCGGCACCAACGAUAUAUAUGCAGCACGCGCUGCGGUUUACUUACAUGGAGUGAUGGAGUAUGUCCUGUGCUAAUUCAAUGGGUUCGGUACCGGUUUGUUUGUUUGUGUGGACCGGUUUGUUAUCCAUGUAAAAUAUUUUCUGCAAAUGUCUUUGUUCUUCCUUUUUAACAGGAGCGCAA